CCAGACACCGCUGCACCAUGAGCGUCUCUAUGCUGAGCCCCACCAGAGCCCUGGGCGGCAUCUCUGGGCUCCUGCAGGUGGCCGCCCUGCUCGGCCUGCUUCUGCUUCUGCUCAAGGCGGCACAGCUCUACCUGCGCAGACAGUGGCUGCUCAAAGCCCUCCAGCAGUUCCCGUCUCCUCCUUUCCACUGGCUCUAUGGACACAUGCGGGAGUUCCAAGCGGAGGGUGAGCUUCAAGCCCUACUGAAAAGGGUAGAGAAAUACCCGCGUGCCUGUGCUCGCUGGUUUUGGGGGACAAAAGCUCAAGUAUUGGUCUACGACCCGGACUACAUGAAGCUGAUCCUGGGGAGAUCAGAUCCAAAGUCUCCUGAGUCCUACAGAUUCGCGAUUCCCUGGAUUGGGAAUGGAUUGCUCCUGUUGGAGGGGCAGAGGUGGUUCCAGCACCGGCAGAUGCUGACCCCAGCCUUCCACUAUGACAUCCUGAAGCCCUACGUGCGUCUCAUGGCUGACUCUGUGCGCGUGAUGCUGGACAAGUGGGAGGAGCUCGUCAGCCAAGACACACAUCUGGAGAUCUUUGGACACGUCUCCUUGAUGACCCUGGACACCAUCAUGAAGUGCGCCUUCAGCCACCAGGGCAGCAUCCAGACAGACAGGAACUCCCAGUCCUACAUCCAGGCCAUCAGGGACCUUGAAUAUCUGAUUUUUUCCCGAAUGAGGAAUAUCUUCCACCAGAAUGACAUCAUCUACAGACUGACCCCUGAAGGCCGCUGGCACCACCGGGCCUGCCAGCUUGCCCAUCAACACACAGACAGAGUGAUCCAGCUGAGGAAGGCUCACCUGCAGAAGGAGCGAGAGGUGGAGAAGGUGAGGAACAAGAGGCAUUUGGAUUUCCUGGACAUCCUUCUCUUUGCCAGAGUGGAGAAUGGAAGCAGCUUGUCAGACACGGACCUCCGUGCUGAGGUGGACACGUUCAUGUUUGAGGGUCACGACACCACAGCCAGUGGCAUCUCCUGGCUCCUCUAUGCUCUGGCCUCCCACCCUGAGCAUCAGCAGAGGUGCCGGGAAGAGAUUCAGAGCCUGCUGGGGGAUAGCGCCUGCAUCACAUGGAACCACCUGGAUCAGAUGCCCUACACCACCAUGUGCAUCAAGGAGGCACUGCGACUCUAUCCGCCAGUGCCUUUUUAUGGCAGAGAGCUCAGCAAGCCCAUCACCUUUCCUGAUGGCCGCUCCUUACCUGCAGGACUCACACUCACCCUCUCCACUUACGGGCUUCACCACAACCCGAAGGUGUGGCUGAACCCAGAGGUGUUUGACCCAUCCCGGUUUGCACCGGGGUCUUCUCAACACAGUCAUGCCUUCCUGCCCUUCUCAGGAGGAUCCAGGAACUGCAUCGGGAAGCAGUUUGCCAUGAAUGAGUUGAAGGUGGCCGUGGCCCUGACCUUGCUUCGCUUUGAGCUGGCACCGGAUCCCUCCAGGGUCCCUGUUCCCAUUCCAAGACUUGUGUUGAAGUCCCAAAAUGGGAUCCACUUGCAGCUCAGGAAGCUCCUGUAAUCCUUGUGUGGAGAAGAACAAGCUCUGAGGGCC